AUGGGUGCCGAGUGCAGCAAUCCGACAUGUGGCCGCGGCCCGGAGAUGGGCCGAUGCCCGGAGUCCAGCGUCCAAGCUCAGAGUUGCCACGCACCUCUUCCUCCAGACUGGAGCAGCGGGGACUGCGCCGAAAGCCGGUGCGGAGAGUAUGAAUUCGACACCAGUCUCUUCUUUGAUGACCAUAUCUCGCCGCCUGACGAGCUUGUCCAUCCGGCAUUUGCAACGAUGCAAGGAAACUGGUAUCGCAAAGAGCCACGACCUGUUGGUUUGGGCAUCGAACCAAAAUUUGUGGCUUUACAGUAUGCACUUUCGCUUACAGUUAUCGUGCGCUGUGUUUGCGUUCGCGAGAUAAGAUGCAGGGUUUGA